AUGGGGAACCGAAAGAAGACUGCGUACUCCAAGACGAACGGCGAGUCGAAUAUGCACAUGGAGGAGCCUCAGGGAAGCGGCUUGGAGGGUUCGCCUCCCAGAGACGCGCAGAUUGAAUAUAAUCAACCCGAAUCCUCCCCAUAUGAGUCUCCAAUCGCCACUGUCCAUAUCGGACGCAGAACAUACAUGAUUCCAGUAUGUUAUAUCGAAAAGUAUCCCCAGUUCGACACUUCCCUCAUAUGGCAAUUCAAUUAUAACCUCUCUGAGGUGGACGAGGAGGUUGGCCACACCAUUGCGCACUUCCUGUGUACGGGUAGUUACGAAACGCUCCGGACCACAUCCGACUCAGGUUUGUCCAAUGUGGCGAUAGAAUACAGAAGGAGCAUGCUUGUCUACCACGCAGCCAGAAAAUAUGAUUUAUACGACCUGGAGGUGUACGCAAAGAAAUACAUCCAGAUGUUCGGCCAGUCGAUGUCCGCUUUCGAUAGCAUGGAGGCUGCAAGAAAAAUAUACUCAAAACUUCCCCGAGAUGAGGCUUGGCUUCCCAGCUACCUCCAUGAACGGCUCCGACUGGCUUUUUUAAUGGACGCAAACAUCUUUCAGGGCGACGAAUUCUAUGAUGGCGUUGGGAAAGACCCUGAUUUCGACAAAGCCGUCAUGCGAAUGGUUGUCAACAUCUACUCUGAGGCAUUGUCUAAACAGGGCACUGCGGCUGUCCUUGAAGAGACUGUUGCCGAAGAAGGUGUUGCCGAAGAGGAUUCCAGCGCACCUCCUGUUGCCGAAGAGGAUUUGACUGAACCUCCUUUUGCUGAAGAGGCCUUUGCUGAAGAUGCUGUUGCUGAACCCCCUGUUGCUGAAGAGGCCUUUGCUGAACCCCCUGUUGCCGAAGUUGUUGAAGACGCUGCCAGUUUCAGUCUUCCAGCAGAGCCUUCACGCAUAACGCUAGACCUCGGAUGGGGCAAGGUACGGGAUACAGGUAGCAAAACGGGGCUUCGUUUUCUUGAUGCAGGUAAUGGGCAUAUGGAAAAAGACACAAACGGGUGGCAUUCGAACAACGAAGCUGGGGAGUCGGUUGGAUUCAGUGUUCCUCCGAAAGAAGUCAAAUCUGGAAAGAAGAACGGCAAGGUCAAGAAAACCAAGAAGAGCAAUAAAAAGGAGCAACUGGCAGAGCCGGUGCGGACAUCCAGUGACAAUUGGUAG